AACAUUAAGAAUCCGAUGCUAGACUUGGAGGAAAGUGGCAUUCUAGGUAUUGCAAGAUAUGGUUAGUGAAGUCUGAAAGUUUUGUCUGUUUUUGACCUGCAGUUUUCCUGUUUUAGACCAGAUGGAUUAAAUUUGUAUAUACUUUUAUGUUGGGUUGAUAAAUCCUUUUUUUUACUAUUUGAUUGCCCAUGGUUAGAUCUACAACUAAGGAAAGCCCUGUUGUCUCUGACAAAAAGACUCCCUGGAAAAAACAAACAAAAAGGGUAGAUUUGCUGCUCACAACAGAUAUCUGACACCCCCACCCAAAGGACAGGGGUGUUAGAAUCUGGUCUAGAGAAUCAAACAAGUCACCUAAAAAGAUUCCUCUUCAGCUCUUCUUCUUCUUCUUCGAUGAAUCCUAGAAUGGGAAGCAAUUAUUAAGUCUUCCUUAUUUCCCUCAAAAGAGCCUUAUCAAUCAAUCAAAGGAAAAGGUUUUUUCAUAGGUGACGUAUGGAUAACUUUCCAAAAGUUUUGUGUGGGUGGAGCUGGGAGGAGAACAAGUUGUUUGAGCUGGCUCUAGCAUUGGUUGAUGAGCAACACCCAGAUCGCUGGGAAGUGGUUGCAGCCAUGGUUGGAGGGGAAAAAAGUGCCGAAGAAGUUGAGAAACAUUAUGUGAUACUUUUGGAAGAUUUGCAGUUUAUAGAGUCUGGUAAACUGGACCAUAAACUUGUCGAAGCUCAGUCUUGUAUUCAAGUCGACUGCAAUCAAUCUGUAUGCUGGACUGAUGAAGAUAACAACUUGCUGGUUCGAUUGGACAUAAGUUGAUCUCCUGAGCUAGUUCUGGUUUAUGAAAGCAGAUUGGUUACUGGUGGCUGCCAGAACCCAUGUCCCGGUAAGAAUGCAGGGCAUAUUUAACAAGGCUGGUUGUUAUUAUUAUUGUAUCAAUCCUAAUGCUAUAUCCGCUGCUCCUAGAUGUAAUCAAUCUCUUCAUUAUGAAACAGAAACUGUUGGAAAGAUUUUUAACAUUUCAAUUUGUAGAUAGUAGAAAAUGGGUCUGGAGCCUUGUUUAAUUGGAAGUUGAGUAGCAUGAUGUGUUAGGCUUA